AAAGUACACCCCCCAACUACCCAUACACUCACACAAAAACUCUCUUCGAGUGUGGGGUUGUAUUCAAUUGAAAAUGAGUGUGUGGAGUGUGUGUUUUCUUCUUGUUUAUGUAUUGAGCUUCCAAGGUAUUGUUAAUGGUGAUGAAAAAAAGUGUGAUUUCUUUAAAGGCAGAUGGGUAUGGGACGAUUCAGAAUCAAACCAAAUGUAUACGGGUUUAGAAUGCCCGUUUAUAAACAACGGUUUGAAUUGCCAGAAAAAUGGUAGACCCGAUAACACAUACCUCAACUACCGAUGGCAGCCUCACUCUUGUUCCCUUCCAAGAUUCAAUGGGGAGGAGUUUCUAGUGAGAAACAAAGGAAAGAAGAUAAUGUUUGUGGGGGACUCUUUAAGUUCAAAUCAAUGGCAAUCACUAGUAUGCAUGCUUUACAACCAUGCACGACUCAUCAUCCCUAGCAUCAUUCAUGGAGGAUCAAUCUCAACUGUUUCUUUUCCUGAGUAUGGAGUUUCGGUUAUGUAUUUGAAAAACGGGUUUCUUGUAGACAUAGUGGUGGAGGAAAAGGGGCGUGUCUUGAAGCUGGAUUCGAUUAGCAGAGGGGCAAAAUGGGAAGAAGCUGAUAUUUUGAUUUUUAAUAGUUAUCAUUGGUGGAUUCAUGGUGGACAGCUUAAAACAUGGGACUAUUAUCGGGUUGGUGACAUGUUAUAUAAAGACAUGGCUUUAAUGGAUGCAUAUAGGAUUGCGUUGACAACAUGGGCUAAAUGGGUUGACUCCAACAUUAACCCUAAAAAGACGCAAGUUUUUUUCCAAGGGAUUUCUGCUGUUCAUUACGAAGGGAAGGAUUGGGGGGCACCAAAUAUCAAGAAUUGUGAGGGGCAAACUGGUCCUAUACAAGGAUUUAGGUAUCCAGGGAAUAGGUAUCCAGGAGAACAAGUGGUGAAAGAUGUAUUGCAAAAAAUGAAGAAUCCAGCUUAUUUACUGGAUAUAACAUUACUUACACAGUUGAGAAAAGAUGGGCACCCAGCCAAGUAUGCUGAUGGACCUAUGGAUUGCAGCCAUUGGUGUCUUGCUGGCGUUCCUGAUACAUGGAAUCAAAUCUUGUACACGGUUUUGCUUAAAGAUUAGUUUUUUUAGGUAUUAAAAGUUGCAAAUAAGUGGGACAUGUCAUAUGGACACCAUGUAAUAUUAGUCUUCAAAUUUAGAGCAUAGUAUUAGUAUGCACAAAACAACUUCUUAUUCACUGUUAUGCUCUAGUGUUCUUGUACAACAUUAAUGAACCAAAAUGAUAAUUUAAUAUAGGAAA